AUGAAGAAAAUCGCAGUUUUUCUUCAAUUUACCACUAUUUUUCUGUCUACUCUACUUUUGGUGACAGUUCUUGUGGAUGCCUAUACGUAUGGUUAGUGUUUUCUAAGUGAGAUAGCAAAAUAUUACCAAAAACCGUCACACAGCUUGGAAUACGAGAGAUGAUGGAAAAGCAACGGUGGGUACAGGCCUCUACACGUGUACACCGUGGACUGCUGGUGGAUGUGCCACUCUUUGGAAUGUAUGUAUAGUUUUUAGUUUCUCAUUCAGUCAGGUAAAAAACUAGGAAAAACCAACAAGAAACCGGUUGUCCGGUUUUUUAUCCAACUGAAUGAGCCCAUAACAGGCCACAUUUUCAUUUAACUUCAGCAAAUGGGAACUCGUCACAAAAUCGCUCUUAUCCUCCACACAACCACCGUCCCGCUUAUCAUUUCCAUGAUCCUCACAAUGACACUCGGAAUGUAAGUACCCAGAACGAUUAUGUUGUCAGUCUCGACAUUUCCAGAUUCACACGUGUGAUCCGUAAACGGACAGCCGUGAUUAUCUUGAUUGCUGUCAGCUGGCUCGUAUUGCUCAUCCUCUUCGCUUCCGUUUUGUUGCGGGUGAACCAAGUUGAAAGUGAGAUUAAAAAGUACAAACUCCUAAUAAAAAGUGAAAAUUUUUACAGUUCUCAAUUGUUCACCAUUGAACAGGCUCACAGGAAACGAGGUUGAUGAAUUCGCAGUUUACUAUCACGUGAGUUAGUCAUUGUAAAGCGGAAAACUUAUAAUGCUUUUAAGGACACCUGGCAAAGGUACAUCACCCUUGCAUCCUUGUUCAUCUCAUUCGUCAUCACUCAAAUUCUGGCUUUCGGCGGCUACAUUCGGCCCAUGAUCACAAUGCUCUCAUUCGACGGACACUUCCAACGCUACGACUACCCGCACAUGGACAAAUUGGACCAGCAGAACACGGUGACCGUCAAAGAUUUGGACAGCUUUUGA